AAGUUACUCAAGUCCGCAACCCGCAGUCGUUCGGUGAUCGUAACCGUGCGAGGACGCUCUAAUACCGUCUCUAAUGUUUGCUUGCCACAUCCGUCUUUGACUUAUCUCGUAAUUUACUGGAAAGUAAGCAUUGCCACGUCUCGUUAAACUCAAGAUUCCCGAAAUCAGAGACAAAUAUUGUACUUUGAGGAAUUUACCAACAUGCCAGUAUUAUUUGCUUUUGUACUAAUUCUCUCCUUAGGGAGUGAGAAUUGUGCGGCAACUUACUGCGGCGAAACUAAUAUUGCCCUUCAAACUGAUAAAGUGUACGAAUUCUCGUCUGUAGGUGAACCAAGUCCCGCCCCAGGCACGACAUACUCGUGUCUUUUCGAAGGCUAUGCUCCAGUUGGCCAAAAGAUAUCCGUGCUCUGCCAUCCAGGGGCUGUAAUGUACGACCGCAACUGCUCUUACGCAAAGUUCCUGUAUUCGCCUUCCGGGGAUACCGACUACGCCGAUGCCGUGACUUAUUGUGGCUACACUCAGGCGCUGAACUUUACGACGCUCACUAACAGAGUAGCGCUGAAAUUCAUCCACACAGUCCCCAAGGAUGUGAUUCUGUCUGGAUACAUUUGUUACGUAGGCACUCCGCCUCCCACUCUCAUUAGAACUACUGCAACGAUAAGGACUCCAACGACAGCUACUUCCACCCAAACCCCCUCCGUAAGCAACUGUGACUGUGGAUUCGAGAAUCCAGGGCCCAGAGUGGCAGGUGGUGGUAUUGCAUCGACGGCUGAAUAUCCUUGGAUGGUUGGCAUCCUUAAAAAUGGAAAAAACAGACUUUCUUGCGGAGGAAGCCUCAUCUCCAAUCAGUGGGUGCUGACGGCCGCGCACUGCAUGACAGAUGAAACACCCGAGAACGUAGAGGUGGUGCUGGGUACAAAUCUGGUUGGGCUAAACCAGCAGUCCGGCAGAAGAGUCAAGGUAUCUCGGGUAAUUAUCCAUCCUUAUUAUAGACCCAGAUAUAUGAAGGAUAAUGACAUUGCCUUGCUGAAGUUGGCUGACCGAGUGACGUAUUCGAACAGAAUUUUACCCGUGUGUCUACCUUACAAUUUGCGGCACUCUGACUACGAAGGUACUUAUGGAACUGUAACGGGGUGGGGCAGUGUUGGUGAACUAAAAGAUUUGUCUGAAGUUCUAAAGGAUAUUGAUCUCCGCAUCAUGAGCUAUGAAGAGUGUAUCGUUUACUACCGCGGCAUGGGGUUCUAUAAAAUCACAGAUAAUAUGUUUUGCACUGCGAGACCUUCCCAGGGCGUGUGUAAAGGAGAUUCAGGUGGCCCGCUGACCGUCCAGUCUAAAGGACGUCACAUCCAGCUGGGUAUUGUAUCCUGGGGUUUCCCGCCUUGUACAGAUCCUUUAAACCCCAGUGUUUAUACGAAAGUUACUAAUUUCCUCAGAUGGAUCGAAAAUAACACGCAUGAGACCUUCUGCAAAGUGAAUUAAUAUAUUGUGGUAUAUUACAAGAUUCUGAUGUAAGUAAAGAAAAAUCUGCAGGCAAAUUUUGGUAUUGCACUUAUGUUGAGCUCAUACGAUGUUCGUGUAAAACCCUAGCAAAUUGAUGAGCAUAUAGAGAUAUGAAUGUAUAUUGAUUCAUGCACGCUCAGCUUUCACGUAGUCACCGAAAUUUCUCGACCUUGUACAAACUUGGCAAAUUAUUCCCCUAUCGAUAGUGAGAACUACGAAAUUGAUUUAGUCCAUGCAAUAAUGCGUCAUUCAACUGGCAGUAAAUAUUAGCGUAUCGAAUUGAGGACAGCGGUUGAAAAUAUAGGGGCUGAUGAAUCUAUUAACUUCAACGCAGACAAAAAGUACAUCUUAUAUAGAAGCUUUGCAACGGCAUUUGAAAACAGAUGCCGAGAUGGAACCUUGAUUAAGGAUGGCUAAAUUAAUUUCUUAUUUCAAAUGCAUCCUAAUGAUACUUUAGCUUAGGAAAGUUUUAGCUGUAUUAUUAGAGGCCGAAGUUAUAGGACGUAUAGAUGAUUACAUCAAUCAGUAUAGGCAAUUGAAAUUGAUAAUCUGCGUGAAUGGAGAUUGUUCGUUGAACCCGAAUGAAAGGCACGACGUUGGGCAUUACGAAAAUGAUCUCGUUAUUAGUAUGUGCAUUUGCAUGUCCAGUGAAAAUGGUCAUGUUAGGAUAGAAUUGCUGUAAUUGGCAUGGUAGCACAACAGAUUAACGUCGAUGAUAAGCACGUUCAUGAUCGAUUUUAGGUGCUUUAGCGAAUGUAUAAAAGCGUAUUGAUCUGUUGAACGCUUUUGAAUCGCAAAACGUUUUUUCAGAUCCACAGUAUUCGAUGUUGAGGAAUUGACGAUUCGUCUGAAAAUUUCUCGUCUGUCGCUCAAUGACUGUGCAUUUACUUGUGUCCAAGAUUCAAUGAAGAGGCCUGGUUGGUAUCUAGUCGGUUUUCAUAUUUAUGCUAAUAAACCUCUUUAUUUAAUUAGCAUUGAGUAAUGGUGUCUGCUCAGUAGCCCUGUUGAGUUUUGAAGAUUGUUUGUCCGUUUUCUGAAUUGAUGUAAUAUAAUAAAAUCUGGAUCAAACAUUUAGAUUCGUGAAACCCUAUUGCUGAUGGUUGGUAAUGAAUAUAGCCUUCCUCUCGUUAGAAGCGCAGAUUUUCAAAGUCUCGUUUACUGGUAAAGAACGUUUCUCCUAACAAAUGUUAAAUUGCCAUGUCAAGUUAAGAAUGUCCAAUGCAACAAUUAUUAAUAAAGUUUG